AUGGUCACCCCAGAGGCGGAGUCGGAAACCAACUGGACCAGUCUGGCCCGGGCCAUGCGAUCUCUCCCAGCGGGCGUCAAACGCUGGACCACAAAGCACGUGGUGGGUAUGUGCGGUGUUGGCAAGUUUAAGGUACGAUGGGGAUAUGACACAUCUGCCGCAUGCCCAUGCUGUGGCGAGUUCAAAGAUCACCUACACAUACCUCGAUGUAUGGCUCCAUCCACCAGCGCUGAAUGGGAUCGCCGGAUAGUGGCCCUGGAUUCAUGGCUGGAAACACAAGUGACAGAUCCGGCCAUCAAACAUGCCCUCCUCUCCCCCCUUAAAGGGGUUCGCGAUCCAUCCCUCCCGUCCAUCCAAGUGGUACCAGGUCGACUGCGCAGCGCCUUCCAAUCCCAGCAAUGCAUUGGCUACCAAGGGCUAUUGGAAGGAAAAUUGUCCCGCCAAUGGGCCCCGUUGCAGGAGGAAUAUCUGCAGUCGCGCGGGAGCCAACGCUCUCCGACCUUAUGGGCCUCACGCCUCUCGCAUCAGUUGAUUUUGCUGGGCUUCCAGAUGUGGGAACAUCGGAACUUGGUACUUGGAGGACAAUGUACAGUUACACGAGCGCAGCCAACAGGUCAACAACGGGAUACACAACCAGUUUGA